AUGCAGUUCUCACUCAUCCUCGUUGCUCUUGCCAGCGCAUCCGCCGUCGUGGCCGACUUGCACACCUACGCAACAUGCAACAGCCAUAUCCAACCUAUCGGCAACCCCAACACCUGCCCUGCCAGCAAGAGGGACACGACCCCUAAUGAAGCCGUCAACCUCAGACGAAGCCGCAUCAUGGGUCGCGCCUACGGUGAUAAUGCGGCGGCGACCGAAAAGGCAUGCGCUGCGUAUAAAGCUCGCAACACGGGCACCAACAAGUGGGAUACAUGCCCCGACUGCACCAUGGGAGUCCGAAAAACUUCUGACCCCAAGUACUGCGUUCAGGCCUGCAACUCAGCUGCUGGGCACAUUGGUGGUGAUGAGUGGUUGUACUACUGCAAGCAGGCCGGGGCGGAUGAGUCUGAGGCUUAUUAG